GCAAGCUGUGGAGUCGAAGCUUGAAGUUAGCGUAUACCCUGCUAAAUAAGCUAACCACUAAGAACGAACCACUGCUGAAGUCUGGAGACCGGGUAGCUCUCGUAUUUCCUAAUAGCGAUCCAGUUAUGUUUAUGGUGGCAUUUUAUGGAUGUCUCCUGGCAGAACUUAUUCCUGUCCCAAUAGAAGUUCCACUAACAAGAAAGGAUGCUGGCAGCCAGCAGAUUGGAUUUCUUUUGGGCAGCUGUGGAGUAACGCUGGCUUUAACCACCGAUGCCUGUCAGAAAGGCCUUCCUAAAGCUCAGACUGGUGAGGUGGUUACAUUCAAAGGCUGGCCUCGUCUCAUUUGGUUUGUGAUUGAUGGGAAGCAUCUGGCAAAACCAACUAAGGACUGGCAUCCACAAGUACGGGAUGCCAGUGCUGAGAUUGCUUAUAUUGAGUACAAAACAAGUAAAGAGGGCAGCACAGUGGGCAUUACUAUAUCUCACGCUUCCAUGCUGGCACACUGUCAUGCAUUGACUCAGGCAUGUGGUUAUUCAGAAGCUGAAACAUUAACAAAUGUCUUGGAUUUCAAAAGAGAUGCAGGCCUUUGGCAUGGUGUAUUAACAAGUGUUAUGAACAGGAUGCAUGUCAUCAGUAUUCCCUAUGCAUUAAUGAAGGUUAAUCCUCUUUCCUGGAUACAGAAAGUCUGCUCGUACAAAGCCCAUGUAGCGGUAGUAAAAUCACGUGAUAUGCACUGGUCACUUUUGGCUCAGAGGGAUCAGAGAGAUGUCAGUCUGAGCUCUUUACGAAUGUUAAUAGUGGCAGAUGGAGCUAAUCCAUGGUCAAUAUCUUCCUGUGAUGCAUUCCUGAAUGUAUUUCAAUCCAGAGGUUUGAGACCAGAAGUAAUCUGUCCCUGUGCUAGUUCCUCAGAGGCACUGACUGUUGCUAUUCGCAGACCUCCAGAACUGGGUGGGCCUCCUCCCGGAAAAGCAGUGUUAUCUAUGAAUUGCCUGAGUUUCGGUGUGAUAAGAGUGGAUACAGAAGAGAAGUUGUCGGUGUUAACUGUACAGGAUGUUGGUCAGAUUAUGCCUGGAGGUAGGAAGGCAUUUCAUAUCCUCAUAGAAAAGCUGAAGAAGUAUGGGCUUGAUGAGCAGACAGGGAGGAGGACUGAAAACUGGCUGAAGGACCAGGCCCAGAGAGUGGUGACCGACAGCACGAAGUCUGGCUGGAGGCCAGUAACUGGCUGUGCAGGCUGGGACUCAGUACUGGCUCCAAUUCUCUUCAGCAUCUUCAUUCAUGAUCUGGUGGAGUUCAAGAUCCACGGGACG